CUCAUCUUCAUCAUUGCUUGGCGGAGCAUAAAUCCCCACAUUUUUGCUGACUCUAGAGCAUUAAGAUUUGUGAAAGGCAAUGACAAACCUCUUUUCUUCUCUUUUCUCUUUUCUUUUUUAACAAAAAAAAAAAAAGAUGGACUACGAUCCUAAGCAUAAAGCAUCAAGCAUAACAAGUACAACAAGUACUAGCAGCAGCCAGAGUACAUGGGAUUACCCAUUAUCAUCAAAUAACCCCUUGCUAGAAUUAGAGUCUGAAGAUGUCGAUUAUCAUUUCUCUGAAAGAAUAUCUAUCCCUCCUUUCAUUGAUCUUGUUGAGAACAAUUCAGCCAUCAUUGUACCAAACGAUAAGCAAGAGCUUAAAGUAGAACAUCUUACACCUAUUUAUCUUCAACAUGCUGAUUGUAUCACUAUUCCCCACAAUAUAACAAACAGACAUUACUCCUCUAUAAUGCACAGGAGACGCUCCAUUCGCUCUCAAUCACCCUCUCCCUCUAUAUCAGAAAAGAAGCGUUUAAAGCUAAAUAGAGAUAUACUAACAGACGAUGAGAAAAGAGUCAAUCAUAUCGCAUCUGAACAAAAGCGUCGAAACACAAUACGCUUAGGAUUUAAGGAACUCACAGACAUGAUUCCAACCCUCAAGAACAUCAAUAACUCAAAAAGUACUAUUCUGUUCAAAGCAGUAGAAUACAUAAAGCAUCUCGAUAAACGAAAUAGAAAUUUGCGAGACAAAUUAUCAACGCUUCAAUUACGUAUUCAAGUAGAAGGUCGUACACUUAAAGAACAACGUCCAAAACGCAUAGUGUAUGUUAAACAGCCACAGAUACCAAAGACUGAAUUUAGCCAUCUUCCUCCUAAUGCGGUCAGUGCUCUUUUGGCUCAUAAGCAACAACAAAGGCAGCUUGAAGAACUACAAGAACAGUUACGUGCACAACAACGCUUGUUGGUCAAGCACAACAUUUUGCCUGAUUCAUUAGCUGAGCACAAGCCAAAUAAUGCCGUUUAUCAUUCUAUAUUAAUACCUUCUAGUCAUGAUAUAGACCGAACUCCUUCACUUAUGGUGCCUCAAGAUUUGUAAUGUACUUAUGCCCUUCUUUCUUCCUUUCUUCCCUUAUAUAUAUGCUGAAUAUCUAUGUCGAAUCUUUUUUUUUUCUAUAUAAACAAACUAUAUUCUGUACUUCA